GAAGAAACAGCACAGCUGGCCAGAUGCAUACUCCCCAGCCCCCACAGAGUGGCCACUGAAGAGCUUUCCCAGCGCUGAUCCCCAGGACAGGCCCAUCUGGAGGCUCCUGCUCUCUCCGCAAUCUGCCCACUGCCAAGUUCUACCGGGUUCUCUCCAGAACUCUAGAAAGCUACAAGAUUGGCUUUUGUUGUAAACCAUUUGUGGCCAUGGAUUUGCCAUCUGAAAGUGAAUGGGAUGAAACCACUUGCAACAUGGCUAUUUGUCAACAUCCGCAAUGUUGGGCAACUAUCCGCCGGAUCGAGAGGGGCCACCCACGCAUACGGGGUGCCCCUUGCAAAACCCUGGAAUCAGAAGACAAACUCCCAGUGCUCACUAUUGUAAACAUCUCAGAUCCCUGCCUCCAGGCCAAGAGACGUACUGGUCACCGGCAUCAUCGGCAUCAUUUAUCAGGACUUGCCUUCACUAAGGCUCGCUCUUUAUUGUCUCGGGGUUCAAAGUUUCCUUCUAAAUUUCAAGGCAGGCCUCAGAAGGAUUUACCUGACAGAAGUUUAAUCAGUCGUGCUGACAGAUCUCUCAAACUUCCAGUGCUGAAUUUGAAUAGGACACAAAUUCCUUGUCCCCAGGAUGUUAGAAAUAUGGUUGUAAUCUGGAUUCCAGAAGAAUCAGAUGAUCAGAUGAUUCCAACUGAGAGGAAGCAUAUUGUUCCUAAGCAGUUUGGGAAGAAGGACAGAAAGAAGUCUGCACAAUACUCAAAAAUGGACUGGGGGACUCCAAGGAUGAUGGUGCCUCCCCCCUCCCCAGUACAUUUGUUUGAGCAACUCACUUCACAUUCCUCACCUCCCUGGAACAAAUUUGACAUGUUGCCUCAGGAUCUAUUGAAGGACCUUUUGUCAGAUAAAGAGAGAACCAUUUCUUGUCCAGAGCUGGAGGCACAAUUGGCCAUGGUGAAAAAGACUCUUCCCUUGGAAAAGAGCCGGCCCGAUAGUGCAAUUUCUGCUAAGAUGUCUCUAUCCAUACAGCGCCUCACCCUGCAAAGGCCAAUGUUGAGAUACCCUGGGCAUCUGAAGAAAUUCUCUUCUAACCCGAAGACAGAAGAUCAUUGGAAGCAGCAAAAGCAACAGAAGCAGCCGCAGCAGCCGCUGCCGCCGCAGCAGCAACAACAACAUCAACAGAUGAAGGCGAAGAGACCUACUAAGAAAAAGGAAGCUAAAAAGAAAUCCAAGAGUGACCCAGGGAGCCAGGACGCUUUGCAUAAACAUUCAGUGUUGGGGGAAUCUUCAGAAGCCAGUAAGGGCACACUGGAAAUGGUACAAGAAGGUCAUGGAACACUACUACAGUGGGAAGGUGACAAGAAGCAGCAGGAGCAGAAGAUAAAAGAGCCCACCCUGAAAGCGGGUUCCACAGAGAGACUGAGGAAGAACUACACAGAGAUCUGCCUGAACCCCUUCCCCGAUGAGGAGAGUCCUGAGUUACCGGACACAGAACCCAUGAAGAGGGGCAGCAGUGCUCAGAUGGAGUUUGUGCUGGAAGUCCAAAAGAAGACCCCUGUAGACCUUUCAUCUUAUACGAAGACAACAAGCUGGAACCCUGAGCUCAAACUGCUAAGGAUUCUUCAGGGCUCUGAUGAGGGAGAGGAGAACCAAACCUCAGAGGAAGAGAGUGAAGGGACUUUGAGGAUACAGGCAAAAGGCGUCACAGAGGGGCAGGCGGAAGGUCUCAAGGAGGGACAGGCAAAAGGUGUCACAGAAGGACAGGCGGAAGUCCUUAUGGAAGGGCAGACAGAGGGCCUCAAAGAGAGGCAGCUGAUUUAA